CUUGCCUGCAAUAGCUUUAGCUUUCUUUGACUUUAGUUCACCUUCGGACUUUGUCCAUGCACUUUUAAAAGCCUUUAAAUAGUUCCGUAAAUCCUUUUAGUAUUAUUUGAAAGAAAAAAAAAAUGUCAAAACCAAUAUCUUAUUACUACGACCUAAUGUCCCAACCCUCGAGGGCAAUGUGGAUCAUUUUUAAGAUGAGUGGUACACCUUUCGAAGAUUGUCCAGUAGCAUUAAGAAAAGGUGAACAUUUGUCCAAAGAAUACAAGCAGAAUGUCAAUCGUUUUCAAAAGGUUCCAUGUAUCAAUGAUAAUGGCUUUAAAUUAGCUGAAAGUGUUGCUAUUUUGAGAUAUCUUAACCAAAAGGGUAGCAUUUCUACUGCUUUAUACCCCAGUGAGGUCCAAGAACAAGCUCGUGUCGAUGAGUUUCUUGAAUGGCAUCAUCUAACUCUUCGUUUGGGAUGUGCAUUGUAUUUUAGAAAAAAAGUUCUAGAGCCUUUGAUGACUGGCCAACAACCAAAGGCAGAAUCGAUGGAAAGACUUAAAGAGACUAUGGAAGGAAAUUUGGAUAUUUUUGAGAAAAUCUGGUUGGAAAAGGGAAAGUAUUUAACUGGUGAUAGUCUAACAGCUGCCGAUAUAUUUGCUGCAUGUGAAAUUGAACAAACAAGAGCUGCUGGUUAUGAUGCCUGUGAUAAAUAUCCAAAGAUUAAAGAAUGGAUUAACAAAGUAAGGAAGGAAGCAAGUCCUCACUAUGAGUUUGCCCACACUUAUUUAAAUAAACUUGCUAUUGUUCAAUCAAAGAUGUAGAUGCAUCGCGCUUUAAAGAUUAAUUUGUUAUUAUU